AGUGGACCUUCUGGUCACGUGCUUAUUACAAUCAAUACAAUUCAAAGAAGGCUUGUCAGUGACAUGCGAGGAAAACACAUGGGCUAUGCUUGUGUUGACACAGCCAUCAGAGUAGAACUCCCUCCCGUCCAGCAGGUGGCGAUAGCUCUUCACAGUAGCACUUCUCGACGAAGAAGUCGUCCCACGACAGAAGCGUGUUAAUGGGGCAGGAUAAGAAACUACAAUGUCGGGUUUGUUAGCGAGGAUUUUAUUUUACCCCACACUGGCUUACAAUGUGAUGAUGGAGAAAAUCUCUUCUCGGCGAUGGUUUGAUCGCGUGGACCAGACUGUCAUUCUCGGGGCUCUUCCCUUCAGAUCCAUGACCGAGGAGCUGGUUCAAGCGGAAAAUGUUCGGGGGGUGGUGACGAUGAACGAGGAAUACGAGACAGAGUUUUUCUGUAAUUCAGCAGAGGAGUGGAAAGCAGAAGGUGUGGAGCAGAUCAGACUCAGCACAGUGGAUCUGACAGGAGUUCCUAGUCUGGAACACAUUCACAGAGGAGUUGAGUUUGUUCUAAAACACCGUGAUCAGGGCACCAGUGUCUACAUCCACUGCAAAGCAGGACGUUCUCGCAGUGCCACUCUGGCUGCUGCAUACCUCAUUAGGCUCCACUGCUGGAGUACAGACAAGGCCUGUAAACAGUUGGCAGCUGUCCGCCCGCAUGUACUGAUCCGCUCUGCUCAGCGCGACAUGCUGGACAAGUAUCACAAACAAGUGUGUGGACCAGAUUCAAGCGGUGUAUGAUACAAGGAUCUGUGUUCCUGUGGUCUUGUGGCUGGCUUAUUUGCAAUCAGCAUGCAUUUUGUUCUGGUCUAAGUUAGUUUUUUUGUUGUUGUUUUUGUUUUCCUGAAAAUGUGUUAAUUUAUGCGCAUAUGUAUUUGUGACUUUCAAAAUACACCAAUGCAAAAAAACUAAAGAAAGAUUACUGUACACUGUCUUGUUUUAUUUGUACUUGUAUAUUAAAUGUCAAAGCAAUUAAAUAUUUUAGAACAUGUCCUA